GGUACAAUAUGCGCGGUGCACCAACUUCAGCCUCACAUGUGACUGAGGCAGCUACACGGUUAGAAAGGUAAAUAAGUAGUGUCACCUAUUAUUUGUUGUACCGAAUCGGUUAUGAUGGACACCACGGAGGUAGACACACAGAUGGGUUUUGAAUCCGAAGAGGACGACAGUGACAUGUCUGAUGAAGAGUUACAAGAGGCAUUCGCAAAAGGAUUGCUGAAACCUGGUCUAAACAUCCCUGUAGAAGAAGCGAAGAAAUUUACCAACAAUGUGGAGGGUAUGAAACAGUGUCUGUCUGACUUCUGCAAGAGUCUUCCAUGGGCUGAGAGACUAGAUCUGAGCAAUAUGCCAGCCGCUGACAUAGUUGCCCAAGCUGAAGGCAGACAGUUGGCUGCUGAAAGUGGAGCAAUAAAUGCUGAAGAUGAUUUCCAGAGGGAAAUGUUUUUCUAUCGUCAAGCCCAGGCAACAGUUUUAGAAGCCUUGCCAAAACUACGGAAGCUGAAUAUACCAACCAGACGUCCAGAGGACUAUUUUGCAGAGAUGUCCAAAACAGAUCAACAUAUGCAGAAGAUCAGGAAAAAGCUGCUCAUCAAGCAGACGGCAAUGGAAAAAUCUGAGAAAGCCAAGAAACUGAGAGAGCUGAGAAAGUAUGGUAAAAAGGUUCAAGUUGAAGUCCUUCAGAAGAGACAGAAAGAGAAGAAGGCCAUGAUGUCUGCUGUAAAGAAAUAUCAAAAAGGUAUGACGGACAAACUGGAUUUCUUGGAAGGAGAUCAAGACAAGAACCAGAAAGGUGCAGGACCACCUAAAGCACAGACAAAUAAAAAAGGACCCAAUGCAAAGAGGAAGUUCAAGGACCGCAAGUUUGGAUUUGGGGGCAAGAAAAAGGGCACCAAAUGGAACACCAAAGAAAGUCACAACGACAUGUCUGGAUUCCGUGCCAAGAUGGCACAUGGGAAGGGAGGAAAAGGUGGGAAGUCAUUUGGAAAAGGUGGAAAGAAGGGCAAUAAGCGGCCAGGCAAGGAAACAAGGAGGAAAAUGAAAAACAAAAAAUGAGGCCUCAUAGUAUUCAUCAAAAGAUGUGGAAGAGACGUGGACUUGCCUUUUGCGGCCUCUAACACAUGGAAAUGGACUUAAGCCUGGCCAAUUGUGCAGAAUUCCUACGGAUGUGUUUUCUCCCACUGACUCGGUUAUCUGAUCUUGGGCUCACACCGGAUGGUUAAAGCCUGCCCAUUUUAUUUUAUUUUUUGUCUUCUUUCAAGUGUAAGACCUCAUUGUAAAUGGAAAGUAUUUUUGUGAAGGCAUGUUCUUUUAUAUUUGUGUGAAAAGAAGGGUGCAGGAAAUCUUUGAAAAUUGCAUCAAGGAUGUGGACUUUCACACAUUUCAUUUUGUGGCAGGCCUGCCAAUGAAGAGAAAUUGUGGCAUAUGAAAUAAGCACCCUCUCUUAGGCUGUAACAGUAUCUUAAAUGUUCAGUAAUCAGUGAUGCCUUGGAAUGUUUUAAUAACUUAUGUACAUUUCUGGGUAAAUACUAUGUUACAUCUUAA